GCGAGGUUUCCCGCUGCGAACGGGGCCGCGUUUUGCGCAAUAUGGCCUCUUCGAGUGCUGCCGCAGCGGCGGCCGCCGCCACACCAGAGGCAGCUCUCGUCCCAGUCUCGUCCCAGUCCUUGCCGGCCACAGUUGUUUCCCCCCACAAGCGUCUCUUGUGCCAGAUGCUGCUCAACAGGGAUGUGCCCCAGCAAACAGAUGAGCAGCGCAUGAAGGUUAAGAGUCUCGCCGCAGUUGCAUCAAUCGUGAACGUUAUGUUGGACGAGCCUCAGAAAGUGCCACACAUCGAAAUCUUCGCCAGCAAGCCGCUCCGUGCGAUGGAGGAG